ACCGCGCCAUCCCCCCGGGCACCCAUCCCCAUCCUCUUCUGCCUGCACCAGCUGCCCCUCUGAUUUUGGGGCAAAUCCUUGGCCCCAAGGUACCAUGGGGCGCUUCACCGUCUGGGACUAUGUGGUCUUUGCAGCCAUGCUGCUGGUCUCGGCCGUCAUCGGGGUCUACUACGCCUUUGCAGGAGGGGGACAGAAGACAUCCAAGGACUUCCUCAUGGGGGGACGCAGCAUGAGCGCCCUCCCCGUCGCGCUCUCCCUCACCGCCAGCUUCAUGUCAGCUGUCACUGUGCUGGGCACCCCUGCUGAGAUCUACCGAUACGGUGCCAUCUUCUGCAUCUUUGCCAUCACAUACGGUCUGGUGGUGCUGUGCAGUGCCGAGAUCUUCCUGCCUGUCUUCUACAAGCUGGGCGUUACCAGCACAUAUGAGUAUUUAGAGCUUCGAUUUAAUAAAUACCUGCGCCUCUGUGGAACGUUCCUCUUCAUUAUACAAACGACUUUAUACACUGGUAUUGUCAUUUAUGCUCCAGCUUUAGCACUAAAUCAAGUCACUGGCUUCGACUUGUGGGGUGCAGUGGUGGCGACUGGCGUGGUCUGCACUUUCUACUGCACGCUGGGUGGUCUGAAGGCAGUGGUGUGGACAGAUGUUUUCCAGGUUGGAAUCAUGGUCGCUGGAUUUUCGUCUGUGAUUAUACGAGCUGUGGUGGUUCAGGAGGGAAUUGGACGCAUUGUAAAUGAUUCUUACUAUGGAGGAAGAUUAAACUUCUGGGACUUUAAUCCCAACCCUCUGCAAAGGCAUACCUUCUGGACGAUUGUUAUAGGUGGGACCUUCACAUGGACUGGCAUAUAUGGGGUCAACCAGUCUCAAGUACAGAGAUACAUUGCAUGCAAAAGCAGGUUCCAUGCAAAAAUGUCCCUCUACAUCAACCUGGUGGGCCUCUGGGCGAUACUGGCCUGUGCGACGCUAUGUGGCCUGGCCCUCUACUCCAUCUACAAGGACUGCGACCCUUGGACGGCAAAGCAGGUGUCGGCGCUUGACCAGCUAAUGCCAUACCUAGUGCUGGAUAUUCUCCACGAUUUUCCAGGAGUGCCAGGACUUUUUGUGGCUAGUGCCUACAGUGGAACAUUAAGUACAGUGUCCUCCAGCAUCAAUGCUCUGGCUGCCGUGACUGUUGAAGACCUCAUUAGGCCGUACUUCAAAUCCCUCUCUGAAAAGAAGUUGUCAUGGAUUUCCAUGGGGAUGAGCCUGUUUUAUGGUGGAGUCUGCAUCGCUAUGGCUGCACUGGCAUCUCUCUUGGGAGCCUUGUUGCAGGCAGCACUCAGCAUUUUUGGCAUGGUCGGUGGCCCCCUUUUAGGACUGUUUUCCUUGGGAAUCCUCUGCUCCUUUGCAAAUGGAAUUGGUGCAUUUGUGGGCCUCAUCAGUGGCUUUGUUGUUUCACUUUGGGUUGGAAUCGGAUCUCAGAUUUAUCCUCCACUCCCAGAGAGGACCAAGCCACUAUAUCUCUCAACUGAAGGCUGUAAUAUAACCUCAGGAAAUUUGACAUCAACAGAAAAUCCAUUAACAACAGUCAUCUUUACACCAAUGGCAGACAGGCCUGCCCUGGCAGACAACUGGUAUUCCUUGUCUUAUCUUUACUUCAGCACACUUGGGACACUUAUAACUGUGGUUGUGGGAAUAAUUAUCAGCCUCCUAACAGGAGGACUAAAGCAGAAGACAGAUCGUAAAUUCCUUCUGACCAAGGAAGAUUUCCUGUCCAACUUCUCCUGGACUAAAUCUGAGAGACCAGAGAAAGUUGAAGUGUUGAGCCAUAAGCCGUUCACCGUGGCAGAUGAAGGAACUGACAACCCUGCUUUCAGCCACAUUGAAAUGGAUGUUGCAAGCAAUGAAAACAAAGUCAAUGGCCUUCAUAUAUGAUGUGGGGCCAUGUCAGCCCUCAAGGACAGUUUUGUUCAUGUAAAGCACUGUUGACGUUUCUGUGUCGGGUCAGUU